AAUGUGACUGCACGGAGGCAGUGAAGGCGGCAACGCCCCGGAAGAUGCGAGCCCGGAAGUACGCGUGGCUCGCGCUCGCUCUGCUGGGCCUCAUGGGCCUUUCCAACUGCAUGCCCGAGGCGGAGGCGGGUAAGCCGGCUCGAGCAGCCAAGGGUCGUCAGCGCGGCUCCUGGCGCCUAGUACUGAGUCUCGCCCAGAGCCAGCCGACGAGGUUGGAGGUCCAGCGUGCCUGGGAGGAGGCCAUGCACGAGCUCGCCCACGCGGACGUCGAGCUCGCGUACGUGGAGCAGCAGCCGGAAACGGCGAGCCACCCCACGGCCCUCCUCGGUCGUUUCUGCGCGGAGAUCAAGGCCGGAAGGACGGCGCUGAGCCUCGUCAUCGGAGCCGGACCCGCGGCCAGGUUCCUCGUCACGGCGGCGAGCUCGAUGAGGCUGCCCACCCUCUGGCUGCCCUUUUCCCACCGGGAUUUCAUCAAGCAGGGUAGGCCGGGUCCACUUGAGAGUCGCGUGGGCACGGGCUCCGAGGAGAUGGGAGCGGCGGCGGCGGCCCUGAUGCACAAGGCCCACUGGCACGCGUUCACCUUGCUGAUCGACACGAGCCUCCUACCGGUCCAGCAGCUCGUCUCCCAACAGAAGCGGCCCAUCGGUAGCCUCGUGCCCCGGAAGAUCAUCUACCUGCCAACGGACGAACGAACCCUCUCGGCGCGGCUGAGGCGCGUCGCCGAGGAAAACGGACGUGGGAGCGUCCUCGUUCUCGGCUGUGAUCUCAACAGCGCGCGGAAGGUCAUCACCCUCGCCGGCAAAUACGAGAUGCUCGCAGGGAGGUUCCUUUGGCUCUGGCUCGACCUCAAGGCAGAGCUCAGAUCUAACGAGCCGAACAUCAUCGGCUCGCAUGUACUACACAAUGCCCGAGUUUCCGUGACAAGCGAUUACUUGCCACCGACCGACAACCAGGAGUUCGGACCAAAUCUCACUCCGGUCAGCGACAUCAGUAUUCAUACCCUCUCAAAUCUAGUUAGCGAAAUACAGAAACUACAGGAUUAUCAUUGGCAGAGCGACGCGAAAGAUCGUAAGCCGAAGAAGCGAGAGACGCCGAGUCGCUCGGCUUACGGCGGCUCCCUCGAGGACGACGAGGAUACGCGCACCUACGAUAAAAAUGUCAAUUCCAAGAGCUUCAUGCCCCUGGGCAUGCUUGCGCUGCGGCCGGUGAAUGGGCGGGUCGGCGGCGGGCCCGACACCAUCCUCGCACGGAUGAUACGCGAGGCGGCUCAGGCGCUGGACAGGACGAUGCUCGAGUCGAGGCCACGUUUAGGGCGGAUCAGCGAGGCACAGCUCAAGGAGGUCUUCGUCCCGGAGUGUCUUGGAGAGCCGCCGCGGCCCAGGCAUCCGGGUGUGGCCGAGGUCAGGGCCAACCUCUCCUACAGCCUUACCGCGAAGCUCAGGGAGUCCGCCAAGCAGAUAUCGAGGGACAAGGCCGAGUUCCACCUGCUCAACCUCCAGGGCAUCCUCUUCCCUGGGAACAAGACGCAGCUGAGGUGGACAAAAGUAGGCUCCAUAAGGGGAGGCCGUGAGGUUCGUUUGGAUACGAUAAUCUGGCCAGGCGGUGGAAUUGUUCCAGCGUACAUCGAGGAGGGCCGCGAAAAGAUCGGUAUGCCGUCCUACAAAAUCGUUACAGCCCUGGCGCCUCCCUUCGCGAUGGUCACGAACCUCCAAGAAGGCACUUGCUUGCGAGGACUGACGUGCAAACACGGAAAUACCAUCAAGUGCUGCUACGGCUACUCAAUGGAUUUACUUUAUCAAGUCUCCCAGGACCUGGAGUUCCGCUUCGACCUUCAUGUGGUGAAAGACGGUUUGUUCGGGCGCAGACGAGGUCGGAACGGCACGUGGAACGGCGUCGUCGGUGAACUGCUGUCCGGCAAGGCUCAGCUGGCGUUCGCACCGAUGAGCGUCUACUCGCAUCGUUCCCAAGUCGUCGACUUCACGACCCCUUACUACUUCAGCAGCGUGAGCUUCCUCAUAGCGCCUAAGGAGCGCAACAGCUUUUCCUUGUUAGCCUUCCUCCAGCCUUUUAGUCCCGAGCUCUGGAUAGCCGUAUUCACGUCCCUCAACAUCACCGCGAUGUUCGUCGCUGCCUACGAGUGGUUCAGCCCUUUUGGGUUGAACCCUUGGGGGCGCCAGCGCAGCAAGAACUUCUCCAUAGCGUCGGCCCUAUGGGUCAUGUGGGGUCUGCUCUGCGGUCAUCUCGUGGCUUUCAAAGCGCCCAAGUCCUGGCCAAAUAAGUUUCUCAUCAAUGUCUGGGGUGGAUUCUCCGUCAUUUUCGUCGCCUCCUACACGGCUAACAUAGCCGCACUUAUUGCCGGACUCUUCUUUUACUCCACCGUCAAUAAUUAUUACGACCGAAGCCUUUUGCUGCAGAAAGUCGCGGCGCCAAAGGCAUCGGCAGCUGAAUAUUAUGUCCAGCAAGCGAAUCCCCGAUUGUGGUCAUACAUGUCCCGGUAUUCCGUCUUGGAUGUCGCUGACGGUGUUGACAGAUUACUUAAUGGCAGUCUGGAUAUUCUUAUAGCCGAUACUCCAAUUAUCGAUUAUUAUCGGGCGACCGAUAAUGGCUGCAGACUGGAAAAAAUCGGUGACUCUAUUAAGGAAGAUACUUACGCUGUUGCAUUGUCGAAGGGUCAUCCGUUAAAGGAGAGUAUCUCUCAAAUAAUUGCCAAUUAUACUAGUACAGGACUUCUCGACAUUUUACAAGAAAAAUGGUACGGUGGUUUGCCUUGUAUGCGUGGAGCGGCUUCGAGCUUUGGUUACGACGGUCAACCCCGACAAGCGGGUCAACCCCGACCGCUGGGUGUCUCUUCGGUAGCUGGAGUCUUCUGUCUCCUUGGGCUUGGCAUGAGCCUCGGCGUUGUAAUCCUCGUUGGCGAGCACAUAUUCUAUAAAUACAGUUUGCCGAAGCUGCGCCAGAGACCGAAGAAUUCUAUGUGGCGCAGUCGUAACGUCAUGUUCUUCUCGCAAAAAUUGUACAGGUUCAUUAAUUGCGUGGAAUUGGUGUCGCCGCAUCAUGCAGCGCGCGAGCUAGUGCACACUGUUAGACAAGGACAGAUCACCUCGCUCUUCCAGAAAAGCGUGAAAAGGAAGGAACACGAACAGCGUCGCCGACGUAAAAGCAAAGCGCAAUUCUUUGAGAUGAUCCAGGAAAUUCGAAGAGUCCAACAAGAGGAGAAAGUGGACUCGGGGCCCGACGAGUCCAAGGGCGCAAUCAAGAAAGACCUUACGAAGGACAAGGUUCGCGAACCCAGCAGGAGCAGAAGCAAAAGUCCGAUGAUGCUCCGAGGCACGACGAGUCCUCGGCAACGUAGCGAGAAGAGCCACAGCUCCUCGAAUCUCGCGGGCUCGCGACUUGGCCUUGCACCGAUAGGCCUCGAUGCCGCGACGUGCAGCCAGUCAAUGAAACCUCUCGAGUUCACUCUGAGCAACUCGAAUCUGCGCGCCCGCAGUCCCAUGGAGAUGGUCGGCAGGAGGCUCAGCCACGGUAACGGGGAAUCGCCUCCGCCGACGCCAAAAUUAUCCUCGAACUUCGGGGGAAGCACGAACUUGCGCGCCCAUCAAAGAGGAGAGUCGAUGGGAGGCGUCCCGACGCCGAAACAGCGAAGCCCUGCCAAAAGGGGACAAUCGUUCCCCGUCUUUGCUACUCUCCGAACACCGCAUUCCUCCUCUGGACAGCAUUAUCAAGUAUCCAGAAGCCCUCUACUUUCCCCGAAUAGCGAAUUGACUUCGGUGAUAGGUCGCAAAUUAUCUCGUGAAUGGGGUUCCGGAAUCGAUAUAUCUAGAUCGUCGGAAGCCAUUGGCUCAUCUUCUAUUUUCGUCCUAAAUCAAGAGCCGCAGCCGAUCGAUGACGAGCAUCAGAAUAGCCAAGACGAUGUUAUAUCGUUGAAAAAGCCAAUCAGACGAGCUAGAAGUCACGAAAACAAGGAUAUCAGCGAAAGUAGCAAAUUCGACGAGUCAUCGUCGAAAUUUGCUGUCCAACCGGUCGUUGAUGGCCAGUCUGUGAGUAAACGCGCGAAAAAUCAAUUGGAAUCCGAACUUAAGGCUAUACUGACGGCUCGAGCCCACCACUUUGAACUACAUCCACCUUGAUUUCCGAUAAAGACGAAAAACGUUUUAUUGCCACGCCAUCACUGACAAUGUAUUAUUCUGAAGGGAGUGUCCAAUGCAAUAUUUACACUCCAAACUCGAAGUACCUAUUGUAGUUAAGAGAUAAAUACUAGGAUGGAAUUAUGCUCAGCCUUGUGACGGGCUUUAUAUCUGCGAAACAUCAAAUAAGCAAUAUCGGAUUUCUAGAGUUACUUGUAGAAAAAUCUGAUAGUAUAAGUUAAAAGGCAACUGUAUUGCAGCUUUGCGAAAUCGAAAGCAGAUUGAUAAGAUCGGGUUCAGUUGAUAGAACAACCGAACGAUGGUUGAUACGGACGGGAAUACAGGUAGAAAGCGAACUCUAAGAAAUUCUCAUAAUCGAUUCAUUUAUUAUGAAUCAAAUAUAUUAUUCACUUACGUGACAAAGUGCUAUAUAACAGUAUAGGGAUAAGCGAGAUAAAAAUCUUUUCUUAGACUCUUUAAAUAGAAUUAUCUGAUAAUAGAGCAACUACGAAAUGAAUAUGUAAGAUAUUUUCUUGUUGGUAUUUUAAUCUCUACGCUAAAGCCGUUGGUUCUGCAGAGUCUCAGACUCCCUUUGAAAGAAUUUAAGUCUUCCGACAGCUACGCAUUCGUUUAACGGAACUACUAUUCAACCUCUUCGUUCGAACAAUUUAACAAUCACAUCGAAACAACGAUUUUUAAUGCCCAAUUUGUUUAAACGUAAUCAAGCAACUUAUUUCGUUCUAUUAAUUGUAAUUGGAAUAUAUCAUGAAGUAAUAAUGGCGGCGAAGUAAAAAGGGAGAUACGAAACUCAAGCUAACGGUGUAGAAUGACCACUUAUAAUGAAAUGCGUAAAAUUUAAUAUAAAAGUAUUUGUGUUGAUCAAGAAAUAAA